GAAGGGUCUUUUCAGCACCGAGGCAUUGGCAAAGGGCGCCGCGAUUUCCCGAGUGAGCGAGGCCGACAUUUUUUCUUUUUGCCCCCUCAACUUCGCAUUAUCUCGCCGAGAGCAUUUGGUGCUUUUUCUUUAGUGCCUCUUCCUUUAAGUGGUGAACGGUUUACUUUAUUGCUAUUACCCUGUGUCAAAACCCUUGCCGUGGCUUUCUGAUUCUCGGCCUACUUGCUCUUCUCCCCAAUACACAAGCGCUCUCAUCGUUCCUCCUCCCCCCCCCCCUCUCUUUGUGUGUCCACACCACCGAGUCGAUUCAGUUGUGGCAAAUGGCCUCAAUCGACCUGGCCCAGCUUCUAGAGGUGUGCGUCCGGGCUGCACUCGCAGCGCAGCGCUACGUGAUGCUCGACCUCGUCAAACUGCCCGAAGCCGAAGCGAAGAUGUCUUUCCACCACGAUGAUCCAAAAACCUCCGCCCGUCCGCAGACGGUGCUCGACCUCUCCGAGGCAGACAGAGGACUGUUACUGGCCUCUCUCCGCAGCGCCGUCAACGUCGACGUCAAGUCCCACCUGGAUUACAAGGACGGCGACGCCGCGGAGGACUUGGUCACCACCGCGGACGUGCUGACGCAGGCCGUCCUCACCCACGUGCUGCAGCGCACCUUUCCUUCGCAGCCGUUUACAGUGGUCGGGGAGGAGGAGGAGCCCAGCAGCGCCCUCGCCGCGGAGGCGGUGAUUUGUGUCAAGAAGCACUACGACAGCGGCGACGCGUUCAUGCCGAACGGCGCCGAGCUGCGCGCACACCUGCAGACGUACGCGAAACCCGAUGUUGCACCUGAAGAGACGGCGUCGACGGUUUACGCUGACUCCGUCGAGGCGCUGCGUCGCCGCGUGGGGGUCUUCAUCGACCCCAUCGACGGCACCAACUGCUUCUACGACGGCGUGUGGCAGGCGCCGAUGACGCUGGUUGGCAUCACCCUCGACAACGUCCCCGUCGCGGCGGUCAUGAACCGCGUCUUCUGCUUCCCCCUUACACAGAGUGCAAGCGCCAUCUCUCUUCAUCAGAGCAGCAGCACCGCCGCAACGACAGGCCCCGCGCGUCCGACGCGGUGUGGACCGAGUCUGUCCUUUAUCCUCAACGCCCCGCGCCUCUCCUCCCCUUUUGUGGUCUUUGACGGUGCGCUGCUGCCGGCCCCGGUGACGACGGCGUCGCACCCGCCCUGCACCCCCGCCUCGGCCCUCCUCGUCUGCCACUCCAGCACCACCAAGGAAGAAUUUCUCCAGCAGCUGCUCGGUCAGCUUCAGCCCUGCACAGCCAUCCGUGCACGAGGUGCGGGCUACAAGCAGUACCACCUGCUCAAGAAGAUGUGGGCCGGCAGCGCCGUCUCCGGCGAACACAUCACCCCCGCCGAUGCCUUCGUCUGUCCGCCCGUGACGAUCAAAAAGUGGGACUGCUGUGCGCCGCACGCCUUCCUCUACGCGAUGGGCGGCGACAUCUUUGCCCACGACGGCGCCCCGUUGCGGUACGCGUUGGCGCGGCCAGACGGCUCUGCUGGCACGCACACGGAGCUGGCGGCGUUGCCGAAGGGCCUUCUGGCUGUCACACCCUACGUGAAGGAGGAGGUGGCGCGUCGCAUGCAGUGGGCGGUGGGCUCAACGUAG